CACCUCUUGUGGUUUACAUUGCGCAGGGAAACACUAGAGCACAAGCUCCACCCUCCAGUGGAAAGUUCAUGGCAACCAUCAAUCAAAAUUAGUUGCCUCUGGCAACCAACAACAAAUCUGGCUGAGUUAAUCACAGGGAUCAAGCAUGAUGUGAGACGUGGUUAUUAGCACAUUGAUGUUCCGCUGAGAAUUCCUGGCAUCAGGAAGAUUUAACAUGCAGGAACUUCCAAAAAAUUGAUCUGUCAUCUGAGGCUCACCAUUUAAAAGAUGAGAUGGCUGCCAUUUCUGGCAUAUAUGAAAAGAAGGAGAUGCCUGCACCUCAGGAACAACUAGAAGUGAGCAGUUGUGGCAAGAUGAGAACUGAAAUCAGCGGACACAAGAAUUCUCAAAUGGAAAUCAGAUCCCAGAGCAGACAGGAGGAGCUGGAUACCGUACUCCUGAAGAAAGAUGAGGACUUAAAGAAUUUAAAACUUCUCAUGGCCCAGAAGGAAACAGAUUUGCAAGAGCUGAAAACCCAAAGGACAUUAUCCUCAAUACAGCUGGAUCUAGCCAUGAAAGAGCUUGAGGAGCUAAAUAAAAACAUCUUGAUGUCUCAAAGAAAGUCUGAAGAGGAAUCUUCCCAGCGACUGAAAUUGCAGGACCAGGUACUGCAACUCAAACACCAGCUGGAGCAUCAAAAAGAAAAUUGUUUACAGGGAUCCAAAGAGAUGAGACAGAGGCUUGCGUGGUCAGAAGUUCUCAUACUCCAACUAGAAGGAAAACUCCAGGAAUUGAGCAAUGGGGACUCAGAUUCAAUUGCAAAAGGUCAGAAAAUUCGAGAAGCCAAUGAAGCAGAGGUGAAACAAAUCCAAGAGGAAACUGCAACAGCCUACCAUCAAAAUUUUCUGGAGUUACAAAUGAGGUUACACACUGAUCGAGUCAUGCUGGGGAAAAUGCAAGAGGAGAACCAGUGCCUGAAUCAGCGAGUUGAUAUGCUGACAGUUGAAGUUACGGCAUUACGGAAGAAGCUCCUCUCUGAAGAGGCCAACAACAGUGCAUUCAUUGAAAAGCUGCAGUCGGAACACAGGGGGAGACAACAGCACAUUGGGGCCCUGGAGGCCAGGCUAGAGGAAUUACAAGAUCUUCUUCUAGCCAAGAUGCAAGCACUGGAGGCUGUUGAGGAGAAAAAUCUUUCCCUGCAAAAUGAGAUCAGUUUAUUUAAAAGCACGUUUGGAGGAGAAAAAGGAACGGAGGCAUCCCAUUUCCAUUUGGCACCUAACCUGUCAUACUCUGGUCACUCCCCUGUUACCUCAACUCCCAUCAUAGAUGCAUCACCCCAGCCUUCAGAGAAUGUGCUCUCACCACAAUCACUUCAGCCUGCUUCUGCAGCUACUAUGACAACUGGAAUCACAGCAGCACCCAGUCUGGCCAGAUCCGCCAGAGCAGAUCCGACUACACAAAAGAGAGUUUCAGCUCAGGGCAGCACUAAUACCGAGUCACCAAAGUGGUCCUGUUCUAGGUCUAGUUCCCUCAGCCUUGACACGAAUACAUUAGGACAAGGUCAGGACUUUUUCAGCUCUUUGAUUACUGACUCAAAGAAGAAUGCUCAACAUCCCGGACCCUUGGAGAGACAGGGAAGGACACCAUCAGCAGCUGAAGACAUCAUCUCUUCUGCAUCCAGGCACAGUGCUAUUGGCAACUUAAAAAUAGCAGAAGUUCAUUCGGGUGGUCAUUUUGUGAAGAUCCUUAACUGUUCCCCUGAUAAAGAGGAGGGCAUUGGGGAGUAUACACUCCAGCAAAAUGUCAGCGGCCAUCCAGUAACAGUAUUCAAAUUCCCACCAAGGAUCAGAAUGAAGGCCAAUUCUACUGUAACCGUAUGGACAGCGGAUGCUAAAGUGCUUCAUAAACCUCCAUCAGAUUUCCUUUGGAAGGAGCAAGAUAGGUUUAAAACAGGGCCAGAGUGCACUACCAUUCUUUGUGGACCUAAUGGUCAAGCUGUUGCUUGGUACACACCUAUUCACUGGAACAGAAAGCAAGGAUGGAAAGAGCGAGAAGAUGAUGAAUACCUUAGGAGCAGCAAAAAGCCAAUUAUACCAACAAAAAUGCAAAGAGAUGAAUGGGAAAAGGAACCAGAGUGUCUGACAAUUGAUAAAGAACAGGAAGGGGCUGUCCAAGGUCAAACAGAGGAAAGCGGACCAGUUUUCAUUAAAAGAGAAAAAAAGAUCCCAGCAACCCUGUUCCCUACUCAGAAUUCUUGGUGCCGAAGUCCAGCCUCUCCCACGCACCCUCACUUUUCUCUGCUCAGACCAUUAACCAUGGGCAAUGAUGGCAGCAGUCUAUGCAGGCAGUCCAGGUGUCAGUCAGCAAAACCUGACCCAGCACCAGGCACUCUGUAUGCAGGAACCAGCCAGGGCAGAAACACAGCUACAGGAAGUUUGCAUGGAAAAAGUAGAAGGCUGACCCGGUCAGCAGGGCCUAAUUUAGGUGGCGUGAUGUACGUAGGUUCUCCUGCACCCACUGGCUCUGCUCUACAGAAGUACUUUGUCAAUUCACCUUACAUCUUCAGUCUACCAACCCCGACUUCUUUUACACCCACCACUUUCUCUAACUUCUAACACAGGAUCUAUGAAUAGGAGUGUGUGUACGAGGGGUGGGGGAACUUCUUAAUGCUCUGCAGCAAAAAUAGUAAUAUGUGGGUCAUUGCUUCAGGGAACGAAGAGAGUAGGUUGUUGAGUGACACUAUAGAAUUUAAAUGUUGUUUCUGUGUAGACUAAUAUGUACCAGAAAGUUUGUUUCACUGACUACUAUCAUUACAUUUUUAUUGAUUAUAUAUUUGGAAUAACUGAUAAUAGGGUGUAUAUAAUAUGUAAAACAUUAUAUAGAGAGUGUAUACUAUAUAUAAUGUUUUACAUAUUAUUUAUAUAAUCAUUCUGUGUUUUGGGGGGGAGCAUUUAACUACAAAAGCAAAAACCUUUAAAAAAUAACCAUCUAUUUUGGUUGCACAGGGGAAAAAGAUGUUUAAAAGCAUCUGCAAUGUAAUAUUUCUUAUACUGUAAUGAUUUAUUUCCCCCCUUUUACACAACUAUCAAAUCCAGUGGCGGCAGCUGACAUAUGAAAAUAGGUAGGCAAAGUUGGCCCACAAAGGUGUCCUCGAGGCCAGCAGUGGGUAAUGAUCAUACUAUAAUGGAAUCAAAAUAAAUGACUGUCCUGGUAAGAAGAUUCCAUUGGUCAAAUCUAUCCCCAGGACAGUGUUCAUGUUAACUAAAUAUGAGUUUUAGAUGCAAAAGGCAGAUCCUAACUUGCUUCAGAUUUGGGAAUAUGGACAUGCUGGCUUUUGAUUCAGCCAAUUACAAGGAUAGGAGUCUGCUUUAAAAUUUUGGAUCCAUAUAUAGAUGCAAAUGUCCUCGAAAUUUGGCAUGUUUGGAUUCAAGUUUAAUUUCAUUUCCAUCUCCAGUGAAAACAGGGAGAAACUUACCCAUAACUUCUUCCACAGACAUCUAUCUCUUUUAUACCGUUUUAAAAUCUAACCUAAGUUUGGGGAUAUUUUCCCACUGCCUGGUUUAUAAAAUCACAAGUUAUGAAUACAUGAAUAACUCCCACCAAAAACAGCCUUCCAGAGCCUUUCUCAGUAGCCUGGUGGAGAGAUAUUGCCUGACAUUGAGGAGCAGUGUCUGGUUUCCUGUUUACUAGAUGGUAGAAAAUGAAGAAAGAGUUUGUGAAGUUGGAGGCUGCAUCCCCAGGGGAGUAAUGCUGAUCUACUGGCUCUUUAGAUUGUAAUGGUCAAUUGGUGUAGCUACAAUAACAAUCAAAGAAGAGAGGUUCACAAGCUGUGAGUUGGGACCUCCAAGAGGUGAGGGGAAAGUCAGCUGAAAUUGUCUGGGAUGAGGUGAAUGAGUUCCCAGUCCCUGUCUUCCUUUGAAGUCAGAUUUUUCUAAGCCACUUGCAUCUGGGUCCUCCUCAGAUUUUACCACCCUGAGUCUCACAGGGUGGCCUACUUUGAAGGCCCCAGAGAGGAUACUCAGAUGAGUCUGGGGAGGAGAAGUUGUGUGGGUGCAUGCCUGCUUGGUGUGGCACUCUGUCCCCCUCUAGUGGCAGCUAGCCCAAAGAGGGAUUGACGAGUCUGCUACAGCCUUGGCUAUUAGCCACGUGGCUUUUAGCUCAUUCAGUAGAGGUUCAUACACUAAGCUUCAGUGGUCCCAGGUUCAAUCCUGCCCACAAAUGGCCUGGGUCUGUUGGCAUUACACAUGGCAGAUGAAGAAAAGUAGCCCAUUGCAGAAUGAAGUCUGGGACCUGGGAGCCAAAGAGAAUUAAAGAAACUAGUUCUCCAUUUUUCAAGAAUUCAUUGGAUUUGUACUUGACAUACCUCACAAGGGUUCUGAGACUCAUUUUUCUCUGUGGCCUUGGACAAGACAUUUUAUCCCUCUUUGCCUCUAUUUCCUCAUCUAUAAAAUCCCACCUCACAGGGAAUAGAUUGUCUUAAUUAUUUGUUUGUAAAGUAUUUUGAAUGUCAAAAAGUUCUGUAUUAAUUCUAAAGCCCAGCUCAUCCCACUGUUAUCUAUUCAAGGACUGGACCCAAACAGGUCUCCAUGGAUGGGGGGACUUAAGUGGUUCGAUAGCACUGUCCAUCCCCGGGGACCCUCAGAAGAUGCUUUGUAGGACCAGGAUCCAUGAAGGGGAGAGGAAGGGGUGGGGGCUGGCUAGGGGAGGAGUUGGUGGCUCAUGACUGUGGUGACACCAAUCAUCCCCUGUCUGACCUUACGGAGAUUCCUGAAAAGGUAACCCAGCCCUCAGGCUAUAUAUUAUAUAUUCUGUGGAGCUCCUCUCUCCUGAUAGAACAACGUAGAAGGAUCUCUGUGACUUGAUGCUCAUGGAAAUUUCUUCUCCUGAGCUCAAUCCCAUGGGUUUUACCUUGGGAGAGGACAAUCUAUCCGAACAUUAUCAGAGAACCACAUCUGUCCCAGCCCCAGGAUUCCCAGCUCCAUAUAACAGAUGGUCUUCAUAGGUUCAUGGCUCACAACCUAAUAGGAAACAGCUAUUUUAUGCCAAUUAAUGUUUCUUCCUAUUGACUUUUAUAAACAUGAAACACUGAGUUUGUCCUUACCAUAGUAAACCCUCUUGCCAGAGGCUGAGAUGAUGUUGAAAUCAGGUUCUGAGCACCUCUCAGGAUCAAACCCCAUACACUGAGGCACUGAUGCGUGAAUGCAAUUGGAAAAAAGGACCUAGAAACAGGUUUCCCAUAAUCCUUUGCAAAUAUAUGAGGCCUGUUUUUUGGGAACUGGCUUAGCUGAUAAUCAAAGAGAACCUGCUUGACUUCUGUAGUGCAGAGAGAGCCAUUUGGAUGCUUUGUUAAUUCCUCAAAAGACAUCAAGAAAAUGUUUGGUGCCCGGCCUUCAAGUCGCAUCUGCUUGCGCUGUACUUUUCAUUAUGCUGCAUUCGCAGUCUCUGGCUUGUCUGGUCUUUUUUUGGUCUGUCAAAUUACUACUGUCUUAUGGAAAUCAAUAAACAUAAUUUUAAAAUCUUCA